AUGGUCAACGAUCGAUGGAAAAACGUGGGGGGAGCCUCUCAGCUGGAAGACGGUCCGCAGGAGAAAUCCCAGAGAAUGAGCUGCGGUUAUAUCCUCUGCACCGUCCUCCUGUCUGUGGCAGUUCUCCUCGCCGUCACUGUCACUGGCGCCAUCCUCUUCAUGAACCACUACCACACGCCCGUCACAGAAUCCCCACCCAUCAUCAGCACCAAUCCUGAUGAAGCCAACGCCUUGGUCACCAUUGAGAAAGCUGAUGGCUCUCGCGUCAACAUAUUCAUCGACCCCAAUUGCCCGGACCAGGGCAAUGGUUUCACCCACCUAGAGGGCCUCCAGUCGUCCGUCCUGAGGGCUGUGACAGAUCUUGAUGCCGAGACGAAGUCGUCGAAGGGGCAGGAGAGAGCGUUGCUGGUGGGCCUGUCGGACGAGGUGUCCAAAGUUCUCAGCCAUGCCACCCAGCUGAGGGCAGACUGUGAUGGUCUGAAGAAAGGGCACAGCACCAUGGGCCAGGAGCUGAACGCUCUGCAGAACGAGCAAGGCCGCCUCAUACAGCUGCUCUCAGAGAGCCAGACCAACAUGGCGAGACUAGUGAGCUCUGUCGGCGACAUCCUGGACACCUUGCAGAAGGACCGCAGUGUGGUCCGACCUCGGCUCAAAGCUGACCUCCAGAAGGCUCCAGCUCGGAGUGCCCGGCCAAAAGGAUGCUCCAACGGCUCUCGGCCUCGGGACUGCUUUGACAUCUAUGCAAGCGGACAACAAGAGGAUGGUGUUUUUUCUGUCUUCCCCACUCACUACCCUGAAGGCUUCCAGGUUUACUGUGACAUGACGACGGAUGGCGGCGGGUGGACGGUCUUCCAGCGGCGUGAGGAUGGCUCCGUGAAUUUCUUCCGUGGGUGGGAAGCUUACAGGGAUGGAUUCGGGAAACUGAAUGGAGAGCACUGGCUUGGGCUGAAGAGGAUCCAUGCCUUGACCACGCAAGCCAGCUAUGAGCUGCGCAUUGAUCUAGAGGACUUUGAUAAUGGCACAGCUUAUGCACAUUAUGGAACAUUUUCGGUGGGUUUGUUCUCUGUCGACCCUGAGGAAGAUGGCUAUCCAGUUACUAUUGCUGACUAUUCUGGGACAGCAGGCGACUCAUUCCUGAAGCACAAUGGCAUGAAGUUCACUACCAAAGACUUGGACAACGACCACUCAGAGAACAACUGUGCCUCCUUCUACCACGGGGCCUGGUGGUACCGCAAUUGCCACACUUCCAACUUGAAUGGUCAGUACCUGAAGGGCCACCACAGCUCCUACGCCGAUGGCAUCGAGUGGUCCUCGUGGACAGGCUGGCAGUACUCCCUCAAGUUCACCGAGAUGAAGAUCCGGCCUGUCAGAGAUGAGAAUUAG